AUGUGGGCAGCACAUGUGGCAGUAAAAAUCCCUAAGUUCAACGUAUUUAAUGUAAAGAGGUGGUUCACUCAAGCGGAACACCAGUUCCGGUUAGGACGCAUAACGUCUCCUGCUGCAAAAUUCUUCUAUGUAUACACUAAUCUGCCAGAAGAUGUUCUCAACGGUUUAAGCGAAGAAACAGCAUCUGGAGACGAUUACGAGAGGAUAAAGACUGAAUUAAUCAACACCUUCAGCGAGUCAAAACCGCAGCUCUUCGACAAACUCAUGGCACAACAAGGGAAUUACCUCGGUCAAAAACCAACCCUCUGCCUCCGCAAGAUGCAAGAGGUGGCAAACCAACUAGGCGUCGGAGAAGAUAUCGUACGCAUCAAAUUCUUAAAAGGUGUUCCUGAUGACAUCAGGCCCAUUCUAGUUACCUAUUAG